CGUUUUUUUCCCGCGCCGGGCGCGAACGAAGCUUCCUGGAAGCUCACUCGGUCGAUCGUCUUCCUUGUCCCGAGUCGUCCUCCCUGCUAUAAACGCGAGCAUCGUCUUCUCCACCCCUCUCACCUUCCUGCCUGCUUCCCCCUACCUCCAAUCCUCCUCUCGUCAAUUCCAUCUCUCGCCUACAAGGUCACACGUACCAUCGCGCGCCAUGAAGCUUAGCGUGCCGUUCUUCGGUUCCUCCUCUUUCAAGAAGGUGACGAAGAGGACGAGGUCAAAGGAGGACGGCAAGAGCGGCUCCUUCGGCUCCACCACGUCGUCCUCCGACGAGUGCGCGUCCGUCACGACGCCGCGCACCGUCCUGCCGCCGCCGCCGGCGUCCGCGUCGGGGACCAAGAGGAGCCCGGCGGCGCCCCUGACGAGGGAGGACCUGGAGACCGCCCUGAGGAGGGUGGUCUCGAGCGAGGAGGAGCUGGCGGAGAUGCUCGCCGAGGCGGCGGGGUCCGGGGUCCUGCUGGAGGAGAUCGCGGCCGAGGCCCAGGCGGCGGCGGCGGACGAGGGCGAGCUCAGGGACACGUUCGUGGUGUUCGACGCCGACGGGGACGGCAGGAUCUCGGCCGAGGAGCUCCUCGCCGUGCUCGCCUCGCUCGGCGACGACCGGUGCUCCGUCGAGGAUUGCAGACGCAUGAUCGGUGGCGUGGACGUCGACGGCGACGGCUUCGUGUGCUUCAAUGAGUUCGCGCGCAUGAUGACGCAAGGGGUUUGAUAUGUCGGGGUGGUUGAUCUGUGUUUCCGUUGCGUAUCAUCCUCCGUGCAGUUGUGUUCUUGGAUGUCAAUACAAGUUGUUGUAUCCUCCGUCGUGUGAGGUGAAUCCAACAAAGCAACAAGAGAGUUUUGUUCGUUUCAUUCCAAUGAUGACCACGAAUGAAUUUUCCGGUCAUAUAAGACUAAAACUCCAAACAUACUUCAAUAAUUUCUUUA